AUGGAUAGCUGUCGAGCUUCUCAGAAGUCAGACUGCAAAGCGAGAAAGCGUGCCAUCUACAGACUUGAAAUGUUCCAUACUUGCACGGUUCCAAACUCCAGUUCCUCAGCUCAUCAAGCAAGCAUGAAGCACGGUUCCAGUUCCAGUUCCAGUUCCUCUGUUUCUUCGAUAGUUUUUGGAUUGGUAAGAGACAUGUAUGAACAAGUACCAACUGUUGAAUGCUCAUCUGCAAGUCCACUAGUAGAGAUUGAAGUUGAUGGUAUUACUGGUAGAGAAGAAUUUAAUGCUAUAGAGUGUGAUAGUAAUGAUGGGAAUAAUGAAGUUGAUGGUAUUAUUGGUGGAGAAGAAAACCCAAGUGCCCCUAUAGAUCCCCAAAAAUAUGCAUACCAAAGGAAGCCUAGGAAGAAAACUUCUGCAGUUUGGAAAGAUUUUAAAAUAGUGGAGAAGAAUGGUGUCAAGAAAGCUGAGUGUAACUUUUGCAAAGAUCUCUUGUCCAUUUCUUCAUCAGGUUCUACAACUCACUUUCAUAGGCACUUGACUAGUUGUCUUCCACACAUAGCUGCUUCUAAGAGGCAAAAGGUUUUGACUAUUGACAUGAAGGGUUCUGAAUGUGUGAAUGUUGUAAAAAAUUUCUCGUAUGAUAUGAAAAAUGUAAGAGAACUAGCUUUUCACAUGAUAUUUUAUCACGAGUAUCCUUUUUCCAUGAUGGAACAUGUGGUGUUUAAUAAAUUUAUGAGAGCUAAUACUCCUUAUUGGCAAAAAAUAAGUCGUACUACAGCUAGAAAUGAUUGUCAAUCCACUUAUGAGAUUGAGAAAAAGAAGUUGAAGACAAUAUUGAGAGGUGUGAAUAAAGUCAGUAUAACAACCGACAUGUGGACUUCAGGUCAAAAGAUCUCAUAUAUGUAUUUCACUGAUUGGGGAAUUGAGAACAAAGUAUCUACAAUAACAGUGGACAAUGCUAGAUAUAAUGAUGUAACUUUAAGGGUUCUCAAAGAUGUUUUCAGUUUGAAAAAGAAGUUAUCUAUCGAGGGGCAGCUUUUUCAUGUGCGUUGUUGUGCACAUAUAACAAAUUUAUUGGUCAAAGAUGGACUAAGUGAGAUUGGUGAACUUGUCGACUGUGUUCGAGAAGGGGUGAAGUACUUGGUUGCAUCAGAAACUCGUAUCAAGCAAUUUAGUGAUAUUGCAAAACAAUUGCAAUUACCAAGCAAGAAACUUUUUUUGGAUGUUCCUACCAGAUGGAAUAGCACUUAUCUAAUGCUAGUUUCAGCCUUAGAGUUUAGGGAAGUCUUUCCGAGAUAUGGAGAUAGAGAUCAAGGCUUUAAUUAUGUUCCAAGUGUUGAGGAUUGGACCAAAGUGGAAAAUGUCUGUCAAAUUUUGGCAGUUUUUAAUGAAAUUACAAACAUUAUCUCAGGAACUGAGUAUCCAACUGCUAACUUAUUCCUUCCUGAGGUAUGGAGAAUAAAAGAGGUGUUGAACAAGAAGUCUCUUGACCUAAAUGAUUACAUACGAGCAAUGGUUGUGAAGAUGAAUACAAAAUUUGAUAAAUAUUGGGGGGAAUGUAAUUUGCUUAUGGCAGUGACUGCUGUUUUGGAUCCAAGGUUCAAGAUGAUGCUAGUUCAAUUCUGUUUUCCAGUAAUUUAUUUAGAACCCGAAGCCACUAGAAACAUAGACACCAUCUUGAGAAUCUUAUAUGAGCUGUAUGAUGAGUAUGCUGAAGAUUAUAAUUUAGCUAAUGUGGAGUCGAGUGGACAUGAAAAUGCUCGAGACAUAGGUUCUUCUUGUAGUGGCUCUAUCAAUGUUGUGGGGAAGAAUGUGAUGAGUGGCAAGUCUAUAUUUGAAUCAUUCGUUAGAAGGAAUGAUACCAUUCGUCCAGUGAAAUCUGAUUUGGAUGUUUAUUUAGAGGAAGGUGUCUAUAUUUGUAGUGAGGAUUCAGAUUUACAUUUUGAUGCCUUGAAGUGGUGA